CUCUGACAGCAGUUCCGGCCGCGGGUUGCCCCUAGUGACCGUGACCGAGCAGGGCUGGAAGACGGCGACAAAAGGUUCUGUGUCGGCGCCGAAGCGGAUAAAGAGGGAGAGGAGAGGGGGGGGUCUUCCUCUCGCCAACGCGGUCACGGGCGGGGUUUAAACACGGAGGCGGCAGAAGGGCCUGAGUGAGAUUUGGACGAGCCAUCAGAGAUUGAAAUAUCUCAGAGAUGACACAGAGUGACAGUGUGCCUUGCGAUGCUGUGGGCAGAAGAAUCAUCUAUCGGGACGAAUACGGGACUGUACGCUUUGUAGGAACGGUCCCAUCAGCACCCGGAAUCUGGCUUGGAGUAGAAUGGGACAAUCCUGAACGAGGAAAACACAAUGGGACACAUGAAGGAGUGCAGUAUUUUCAGUGCAGUCAUCCCACAGGUGGCUCGUUCAUUCGCCCUCAAAAGGCAAACUUUGGAGUUGAUUUUCUCACGGCAGUGAGGGACCGCUAUGGCCAAGAGGGCAAUCAAGGAAUACAGGACUGUCGAGGCAAUCCGCUUCUCUGGGGCAAGAAACCUAUCGAAUUCUUGGGAAGCCAAGAUGUGAAACAAAGGUGGUUUGAUGCAUUGUUGGUUGUUUCAGUCAGUGGGUGUCAAGUCAGCCACGUCAAAGAAGAGGAGGAGAUCUCAGAAGUCUGCCCAAAUAUUAUAGAGUUGGAUUUGGCCAAGAACCUGCUUGCUUCCUGGGAUAAGGUAGCGCAAAUUACUCGACAGUUGAGGAAACUUGAACACCUUGAUCUCAGUCAAAACAAAUUGGCUAUUAUUUCCAAUCCAGUCUCCCUGUCCGAUGCGUUCGCCAACCUGAAGGCAUUAGCCAUUCAACACAAUGGACUGACGUGGGCCCAGGUUCUGGAAUGUGCCCCAAUGUGGCCUGUGCUUGAAAGGGCCCACUUCGCAUCUAAUGCUAUUUCUGAGUUAGAAAGGCCUGUUGGUGUUCUUCAAUCCUUGACAUUACUCGAUCUCAGCUCCAAUCCGCUGGCUGAUGAGAAUCAAUUGGUGCACAUUGCUUAUUUGCCAAGGUUGGAACAGCUCAUAUUGUCAAACACUGGGUUAACCUCACUUCAUUUCGAUGAUGUUCAACAAGAUGGUAAAACAGCAAUGUUUCCAAAACUAAAAUUCCUAGCAAUUGACAAGAACCAAAUCUCAGAGUUUUCAACUGUGAAUGAGUUAAACAAGCUCCAGAGCCUGGAACAGCUGAAAUUUAGUGACUACGCGAUGGUGGAGCGUGAGAAGAACGCGAAGACAGUGCGGCAGCUUAUCAUUGCAAAGCUAGGCCGUCUGAGUGUAUUAAACAAAACAGAGAUUUCAGCUGAUGAAAGGAAGGGAGCAGAGCUAGACUAUCGCAAGAAAUUUGGGAUGGACUGGCUGAAGGCUGGAGGACACCAGGAUCCAGAGAAAAACAGGCCUAAUAAGGAAUUCUGUGCUGAGCAUCCUAGAUAUCAGUCGCUCAUUGAGAAGUUUGGACCUCCUGAAGUUUUCGAAAUGGAGCAACAAAAGUUGUUUGCCCUAAAGGAUCAGCUAUUAGUUUUGACCAUUAGGUGCCCAGACAACCCAGACCAAAAACUUUUGGAGAAGAAACUGCCAGACUCCAUGACUAUUCAGAAAGUAAGGGGGCUGCUUCAUCGAUUGCUCAAAAUUCCGGGUGCAGAACUAAAAUUGACAUACAUCAGCUCAAAGAUGGAUGUGGAAAUAGAUAUGGAUAACGACCUAAAGCCUCUUUCAUAUUACUCAAUAGAAAGCGGAGACUGUAUAUUAGUGCGAUGGUAGCUGCAGUGGCUAGCUGAUUAUAUAUAAAGGAAAGGAACCAUAACGCAGAGCCUUGAGCGAAGGUAUCUUUUAACAGGAUCCCAGCACUAUUCAAGAUGAAUGUGAUCCGAUACGUGCAACUUUAAAAGCAGUACUUCUUUACAUCUGCAUUUAAAACAAUGCUGGCUAGUUGUCGGUCAGUGGACAGCAGUUUUAUUUAAUGCCAGCCUUGAAGCUACAGAAUGUGAUGUAGAUUUUACAAUGUCCACAUUAUAAUUUGCACCUGCAUCAAAACUCUCAACUUUAUAUUUAAUUGUUUUUGGUAAAGAAAAAAUACAAAGCUCAAUUUAUCUUUACGGGAUAAAUAAUCUGGAAGAUGCAGUUUAUAACAGUUUGAAAAUUAACAUGUUUUAUUUAACGAUUACACCAAAUAUUUACUGAUUGUCCUAAUGCAGAUUUUCAGUGGUUAACCUUAACCUCAUUCUCAAACAUGUUUUUACAGUAAUGGUUCUGAACCACAAAUAACUUGAAAUGAUUUGAAAGGUUCAGUGUUGUGUCUUUUGAUGGUUCUGGCAUUUGGCCUUAAUGUUAAUGGAUUGGACUCUGAUUCAUAGCUUAACAAGCAUUUCAACUCCAGAUACCUUCUGCAGAUUAGUUUAGAUAAUUCUUGGCCGAAUGCACUCCCAAAUUCAAAAUCCCUCCUUGCCCCUACAUUAUGAAAUCACACUGGGUUAAAGUGGAACUGUCUUGGUGGUGACUGCAGAGUGGACUCAUGCUGAAAAGCAUCUUGUCCUCCCAGCUAUAUUGCAUGGAGCAGAGAGAAUUGUUGAAGGAGUGAUAAAGCUUUAAAAGGAGAAUAAUGUUCUAAGUGUUAUUGGAGAAGAGAUAUAUUUAUAAAUCCAGUGUAAAAUAGCACUCUGUCAGAAAGUUUGAGCAAUUGCAGAAGCUGUUAGGAAUAACUUACAUUUUAUGGUGGGAAUGACCAUAAAUUGAAACUUUUACAUCGUAUACAUCCCUACGUCAUUUUGAAAGUUAAUUAAGUCGACUGAUAUUAAUUUUUGUUAACAUCUGUACAUCCUAUACCUAUAAUGUGACCACACAAUCCAAUUCUAGACUUUGUCCUUGAAUACAGACUUUAGGACAAUUCACUUCUGAGGGCUGUGGUAAUGUGAGAGUUUUGCAUGAGCUAUUAAGAAUACUUCCUAGCACUAGACUAUUUCAGCAUUAAAUGUGUCACUGGAGUCUGGUCUCUCCUAUGCUUCUCAAUUUCCUUGUGUGAUGGUGAGAGACAGACAUUUGAGAGAGUGAAAAAUAAAACCAAGAAAAUAUUUGCAUCUUGGGGGGAAUCCAAACUUGGAACAGUAAAAAUAACAGUUAAAAACUGAUCUUCCUACCCCUGUUGCUUUUUGUAGUUUGCCUGUAGCCUUAGACCCUAUAAACUAAUCAUGUGCUGCCUGAACUCCAAGGUAGGUCUCUUCACAGAUUCCUCCAGUUUAGGUAUAUCACCUCUAGGGUUCAAAGCAUCUCAGAACGUGUAGAAUAUUACUCUCCUUCAAAGCUUUCUCUCUGGGAAGUAUAGUCUCCUACACAUUUAAAGAUGUUUUAUGUAGAAAGUUGUGGAUUCCAAGAGUUCGAAUUACAUUUGACAUUGAUACAUAUUUGUAUGAAGAACCUAUGCAAAUAUAAUAAAAGGUUUUUGCUGGA